GUCAUCCGAUAUACUUAUACCAGUCCGGAACAGCCAAUCUUCAUCUACCACCGUAACCAACCCUUUACUCUCUUAACAGUCUACCUCCAUCUUUCAACCAUGGCAUCCGGAGUCGGUGUAAACCAAAACGUUCUCGAUACCUACCAGGAGCUGAAGCUCGGCAAGAAGCACAAGUACAUCGUCUUUGGUUUGAGCCCUGAUAACACGGAGAUUGUUGUCACGAAGACCUCCUCGGAUAACUCAUACGAGACUUUCCUCGCUGAUUUGCCUGAGGCAGAGUGCAGAUGGGCAAUUUACGAUUUCGAAUUCGAGAGGCCAGGAGAGGGAAAGAGGAACAAGUUGCUGUUCGUCACCUGGGCUCCUGAUGAUGCUAAGAUCAAGCAGAAGAUGUUGUUUGCAUCUUCGAAGGAUGCCCUCCGACGAAGCUUGGUCGGUAUCUCGACCGAGAUUCAGGGCACUGACUAUAGUGAAGUCGCAUACGAAAGUGUGUUAGACAAGGCAUCUCGUGGAAGUCACUAAUCCUGUCUCUUUCAUUAUCAUAUUUGUUCCGGAUUUCGCGCUAUCGUCUUUCGUCUUUAUCAGAAUUACUUGGCCGUAAUUGUUAUCAGGUUAUACUCCAAAUCACUUCAUCUCGAACACUACGUGCCCCUUGAUCUCUUUUUCUUUCGCCCCUAUCAUAUGAGCGAGUUGUAGAGUUGCAGCCAAUAGCAAAGAAAUGCUGAUGUAUCAAUUGAAUAACAUAUCGGAUGAAUCCAACCUGAUCUCGCG